CAAUUUUUAAUCAAUUAACGAUGAGACUAAGUAUUCCUAAUACCUCUUACUUUCUUGCUUAUCUGACAAUUAGUCCCUUGCUGACUCUUUGGCUUGGUAUCCAGACUGUGUACCCCGCUGCCAAUAAAAUGUCGAUAUAUGGCCAACAAUUCCUUUUAUCCACGUCUUGCAUGCGUAUAGACUGUGACUUACAGAUCGGGGGUAAGACCGGCAAUUGUUUUCGUGUCUCUCGGAAGAUUCCAGACAAAUUAGAAUGGUACCUGCGUCCUCAUCCGAUUUCCAAACAUGUGCAAAGAAUUACGAAAUAGGAGCUCGUUUGACCAUCUGGAAAUACAAGUGCGGCAUCAUCAGACACUACUGAUUGCUACUCACGCAGAAACCGAGGCGCAACGGUCGAUCUGGGUCUGAUU